AUGGCUACAAGCAUAAAUGAAAUUUGCGAAAACACCAAACUAGCCAGAGAAAUGGCCCUAAUGGGAAAUUAUGAGUCGUCAGGGGUUUACUAUCAGGGAGUCAUUCAACAAAUUCAUAGACUGCUUUUUACCAUAGAUGAACCUACAAGAAAAUCAAAAUGGCAAAGUGUUCAAUCUGAAAUUGCAGAAGAAUAUGAACAGGUGAAAGAACUUGUAAACACAUUGCAAUUAUUCAAAAUCGAUUCAAACAUUGAGAGGGGUAUUCGAGGAACAGCUUUUAACAUUACAAAUUCUGCAUUCGAAGAACCUACCAAAGAUCCAAAUGCUUGGUUUAACAAUACUCUAAGAGAUCCUGAUGUUUGGCCUCCGCCUCCCCCUAGGGAAAACGACAUUUGGAAUUCUCCAACCAUAGCAGAUCACAGAACAAAUUCUCAUUCUAGAAAUUCUAGGACUAUAGAUCGGAGAAGCGAAGCACAAAAAAAAAAUCAAAAAUCUGGUCAAAUGACCGGUAAGAAAAUCGAUAUGAAAUCCGGUAGAACGAUUAGAAGUGCCGUUAAAAAUGAAAGUUCGGAUAAGAAAAAUGAUAAGAAAACGGAAAAAUGCGACAAGGAUGGUAAGGAAAAAGAAAAGGAUGAAGAAGUUGUGGAAAGAAAAUUCGAAGGUUCUGGUUACGAUGGAGAUUUGGUUGAAAUGAUUGAGAGAGACAUCGUUCAGAAAAAUCCAAACAUUCAUUGGGACGAUAUAGCCGAUUUACAAGAAGCAAAACGUUUACUCGAAGAAGCUGUCGUUCUACCCAUGUGGAUGCCCGAUUAUUUCAAAGGGAUUCGUAGGCCUUGGAAAGGAGUGCUCAUGGUCGGACCGCCAGGUACGGGAAAAACAAUGUUAGCCAAAGCAGUGGCCACGGAAUGCGGCACGACAUUUUUUAACGUGUCAUCGUCAACGCUAACGUCGAAAUACAGGGGAGAAUCUGAAAAACUCGUUAGGUUAUUAUUCGAAAUGGCGAGAUUUUACGCUCCGAGUACAAUUUUCAUUGACGAAAUAGAUUCGUUGUGCUCGAGGAGGGGAUCAGAAUCCGAACACGAAGCAUCUAGAAGAGUCAAAUCCGAAUUACUUGUACAAAUGGAUGGAAUAAGUUCGAAUGCAGAAGAACCGGGUAAAAUAGUCAUGGUUCUCGCAGCUACGAAUUUUCCAUGGGAUAUUGACGAAGCACUCAGAAGACGUUUGGAAAAAAGAAUUUACAUACCGUUACCAACGAGAACCGGAAGGGAAGCAUUGCUCAAAAUCAAUUUAAGGGAUGUGAAAGUCGAUGAUAACGUGGAUUUAAUACAAGUGGCAAAAAAAUUGGAAGGGUAUUCAGGGGCGGAUAUAACGAACGUGUGCAGAGAUGCGUCAAUGAUGUCGAUGAGAAGGAAAAUUGCCGGAUUACGUCCGGAUCAAAUAAAACAGUUACCGAAAGAAGAAUUGGAUUUACCCGUGACCAUGCAAGAUUUUAUAGAAGCAUUAGAAAAAUGUAACAAAUCCGUAUCGAAAGAAGAUUUAGACAGGUACGAUAAAUGGAUGAACGAAUUUGGAUCAUCGUGA